AUGGAAGAAGAUAUCACACCAGAGCAACAACAUCCACUGAGUUCUCUGGGGGAAGUCUCAGAGCACCCAGACCCCUCGGCGCAGUCAUCGGCUAAGGGCAAGAAUAAGAGCAAGGACAAGGAUCCAGGUGGUGCCAAUACCAAAAGGCGAUGCGUGAGCACGGCUUGCAUUGCCUGCCGGAAAAGGAAGAGCAAGUGCGAUGGCAACCUGCCUAAGUGCGCCGCUUGCGCAUCAGUCUACUUGACUGAAUGUGAAUAUGCGCCCCAUACCGAUCACCGCCGCAAAGGGGUUUACAAGAAGGAUGCAGACGCUAACAAGGCCAAGAACUCUACUCUCCAGAUUCUUGUCCAAGCCAUUCUCAAUGCUGAUGAGGAGGACGUCAUGGAUUUGGUCCGCCAGAUUAGGACAUGCGACAACCUGGAAGAACUUGCAGCUACCAUAGACGCCCAGGAGAAAGGUCUGAUAGAGGGACCCGACGACUCCCCAAUAUACAAGGAUGAACCUGGUGUACCCAAAUUCGAAGCCGAGCUCUCGGGAAAAAUGGGCGACUUGAUGCUGGAUGGAUCCGUCAAAUUCAUUGGGGGAACGUCGAAUUUGAUCUGGCUGCCCGAGGAAUAUGAUCAUCGAGGGUCACAUAACUCGUCAGCUUAUCAGCAGGUCGUGGUAAGGCCUCAAGAAGAAGCCGUUCUUGCAUGGACGACCGUCACCCAAGACAAGGAGGCUAUCCUACAUUUCAUGAAUAUGUACUUUUGCUGGCAUUAUGCCUUUUUUACCACCCUGGCCAAGGAACUUUUCUAUCGGGAUUUCCUGACUGGAACACCCUCCCAAUACUGUUCACACCUCCUUGUUAACGUCAUGCUAGCGCUUGGAUGCCACUUCUCAUCACGACCUGCUGCGAGAGCAGAUCCAGAGGAUUCUGGGACCACAGGCGACCACUUCUUUGCAGAGGCUAAAAGGCUUCUUUAUGAGAACGACGAGUUUGCCAACGCGAAACUAUGUACCGUCCAGGCUCUAGCAUUAAUGUCAGUAAGGGAAGCCGGAUGCGGCCAUGAAAGCAAGGGCUGGGUGUACAGUGGUAUGAGUUUUCGAAUGGCUUGUGAUCUAGGAUUGAAUGUGGAUACGGUGCCUAUCAAUGAGAUGUCACGUUUGACAGACGAGGAUAUUGAUGCAAGACGAAUCACUUUCUGGGGCUGUUUCCUCUUCGACAAGUGCUGGUCCAACUACUUGGGACGGCAACCUCAGCUUCAAAUGCCUAAUAUCACCGUAAAGAAGCCCGACGUGUUCCCAUCGGAAGAAAGUGAAAUGUGGUCACCAUAUACAGAUUCUGGUAUCAUUCAGGCCCAUGCACAACCGGCACGCACCAGAGCUGUGGCAUUGCAAUUGUCAAGACUUGCGGAAAUAUCCAGUGACCUCCUGACAUCAUUUUAUAACCCGCAGCUGCUCGACAAGCCUCCCCCGAGACAAACAGAAUUGAAACGACUGAGCGAUCUCCAUACUCGGCUGGAAGCUUGGAAGCAAGGUUUACCAGCUGAGAUGGAACCCAGAGAGGGACAGCUUCCUCAGGUCUUGCUGAUGCAUAUGUUUUAUCAACUGUUAUAUCUCCAUCUGUAUCGACCAUUUCUGAAGUACACCCGAACGACCUCACCACUUCCAGCACAUGUGUCUCCCAGAAAGUACUGCACUCAGGGAGCUGCGGCCAUCUCCAAGCUUUUUCGACUCUACAAGCGGACACACGGCCUUCGACAAAUAUGUAACAUCGCAAUUUACAUUGUACAUUCGGCUUGCACAAUUCAUCUGUUGAAUCUGCCGGACAAGAACGCUCGAAGAGACAUAAUUCAUGGAGUCAAACAUCUCGAGGAAAUGGGAGACUGUUGGACAGCUGCCCGUCGAACACUCAGAGUUUUGCAUCUGUGCGCCGACAGAUGGAGCAUUGAAAUGCCCGAAGAAGCAGAGAUGGUCUAUACGCGGCUCAGAGUUAAAUGGGGAUUGGCGCCAGGUGCCCCGUCUCCAGUAUCGCCCGCAAGUUUAGCCAACAUGGCACAGCAGAUCGCAUCUCAGCCCGUGCCUGACUUGAUGGCGAGGAAUAUUCGGCAGCAGCAACAGCAGUCGCAGGCCCUGCGACAAUUUUCAAUGUCUCAGUAUGCAGGUGGACUCUCCGCGGCUAUGGCUGCAUCACCGGCGGAAACGAUCGAUUCUCGACGGACCUCAGGAGGGUUUUCCAUGCCCCCACAGUCUGCAGCCGACCUCUCUCGAGACUCUCAUCGUGUUCGCCCUUCAACCUACCUUACCAAAGCGCAACAGGAUGCUUGGAACGCACACCAAGCCCGCAUCGCAGUAAAUGCAGCUGCAACGUCCUCGAACAAUGCAGGCGCUGCGGGCGAGCAAAAUGCUGCUAGAUUGUUUGGUGGGGUGGACAGUCUGGUCGAAGAAUCCCAAGACUGGUUCUUCAAGGAUCAGAACCAAUUGGCGAUGGGCUUUGAAAACUGGGGGUCUGAGCCGCAAGAUUGGGGGACCCUUGACUUGAGUUUCUUUGACACGCCGGAUACGGGAUCCAGUACGAAUGACAAUACCAAUGGCAACUCACCCUCCUACAACGGGCUGCAGUACUCGUAUGAUUCAGCGACGGGUACGACAAAUACGGGCGGGUUGGGAAACAAGGGCGGGUACGGAUUUGGAUUCACAGGGGACGGGUACCCAACAACAACCGAUACCGACAUUAAUGGCCUGAACACGAAUGGAACGAAUGGAAUGAAUAAUUUAAUGGGUCCAGGUAUAGGCUUGCGAUUAGGGAUGAAUAUGGGAACAAGUGGAAAUGGUUCAAUGGGGGCUGGUAUGAGAAAUAUGGGUAUGGGCGCGCCCGGCGGUUCUAAGCGCUCUUCUCAAAAUCUGGGUUUCGACGACGAAGUAUAUUAUUGA